CAGGUUCAAUAGGAACUAACCCAUUUAUGUAGGAUGAUUUAAUUUAUUACAUUUAGAAAUAUCAUCCUGACCAUAGCUGAAGUGAUGAAGACAUCAUAUCUGUUGACCUUGUUCAAGCGUCUUACAGAGCUUGCGCCCUGCGGCUGAAGGCCUUCUCUCCUUAGAGUUUUAUGAGCAUAUAAUAUCCAGUUUGGUUGAUCAUUAAUGCAUCACUUUAAAUGCAGCUGUGCCUGAGGAUUCAGCAUAAGCAUUGCUUGUGGUUAACACAUUAACAGCUUUUGCAGAAAGGUUGCAGAAUCUUUCUCCCAGGUGGAGUUAAGUGCUUGGAGAUGGCAGACUUUGGGGAACUGCUGAGGAGUGUUGGAGACUUUGGGAUAUUCCAGCACCUUCUCCUGGUGGCGCUGUGUUCUCCCGCGUUUGUUCAGUCUUUUUCCACGGCGAGCAUCAUUUUCAUUGAGGAGGAUCCGAAGCGGCACUGUAACACAGACUGGAUCCUGGGAGCCGAUCCGAACCUGACAUCAGAGGAGCAACUGAACCUGACCGUACCCCGGGAGCAGGAUGGGAGCUUGAGCCGGUGCCGGAUGUUUGUUCCUGUGGACUGGAACAUCAGUGAGAUCAGAGAGCGUGGCCUCAAUGAGACCACUGAGUGUGUGAGCGGAUGGCUGUACCACAGCUCGCUCUACACCUCCACCAUAGUCACCGAUUUUGACUUAGUCUGCAGCAACACUGGUCUGCGUGCUGCAGUGCAAACAGCUUUAAUGGUUGGCAUCCUUCUGGGAGCUGUCACUUUUGGACCAAUGUCUAAUUCGAUUGGUCGCAGACGUGCCAUUCAGAUUGCGGUGGUUUUCAUAGCCACCUUCUCUGUGCUUACGGCUCUGUCCCCAAAUAUCUACGUUUAUCUAGUGUCCUUGCUCAUGGUGGGAUUUGGAGGCGGAGGAUACCAGAUAAACAGCAUCAUCCUAUCUGCGGAGUGGAUUGGGGCGCCGAAAAGAUCCCGGGCUGCGUGUGGCAGCAGCCUCAUCGAUGCUGUGGGCCAGUGCGCUCUGGCCGGUGUGGUCUACCUUGUACGAGACUGGCGGCUAACACAACUCAUCACGGCUUCCGCUUAUGCCGUUGUCCUCAUCUACAUCUGGUUCAUCCCAGAGUCUGCGAGGUGGCUUCUGAACAGAGGGCGGACUGAGGAGGCCAAAAAGCUCCUUGUGAAGGCGGCGACCAUCAACAAACGCACCAUUCCUCCAUCUCUGCUGGAUACGGUGAGAUGGUGUGAGAUGGUCCGGUGUGAGCGGGAUAAUGCCUCCCAUCUCCCACAGAUCCAGGUGAAAGAGACGGCGACGAGGGAAAGCUUGAUGGCUUUAUUCCGAUCUCCUCUACUCACGAGAUUCUUUGCUAUCAUUCUCCUGGCAAGUUUUUCAAUGCAGCAGUCUUUCUUCAUGCUCUACCUGCUGAUGCCAACCUUGGGCCUGAACGUCUUCCUCACCCAGUUUAUAUUUGGAGCAUCAGAAAUCCCUGUCCACGUCCUCUGCAUGUGGCUGGUGGAGUUUUUUGGGAGGAAAGCUUUGUUUAUCGGAGCAUACCUCGUAGGAGGCUGCGCCAGUUUGCUCAUGCUGGCUGUUCCUGCAGGAUAUCCCAUCGCCGUAACAGUGCUGGCCGUCAUAGGCCGUUUAACUAUAGUCUGCAGUAUAUCCCUAUGGAACAUCUACAUCCAGGAGUUGUUCCCCACCUCAGUCAGACAAUCGGUGGCAGGAUUGGGGGCCAUUGCUGGGCGCCUGGGGUCAAUCACUUCCCCUCUGCUCAACCUGCUGCGCACGUAUCAGUGGUUUGUUCCCACCACAGUCUUUGGUAGUUUGUGCGUCAUCACAGGAGCGCUUGGCUUUCUGCUUCCUGAGACCCGGAACAAGGAGCUUCCCGAGACCAUAUUAGAGGCUGAGUCUGCCCGCUUAGACUGCCGGAUGUCUUCUAACAGAAAUGUCAUAUCCAUUAAAAGGAAAACUCAGAUGGACUCCACCCGACUGUAGCAGCUUUUUGUGUGUGGUUUCCCUUCUGAAUUGUAGAAGCACACGCAGCAUUUUUGUAUGAUAAUAAAAUAUUUCUGAC